AUGGUCUUCCGCAAUUCUUUUGCGUUGGCAGCAGCCGCCGCAUUUCUGUUGCCGUCGACCCACGGUCAAACAUUCCAGAGGCUGGGAUCAUGUCCCGACCUAGGAUGCAUUCUUCCUCCCGACCAGAGUGAUUUUCUCCCUGGCCAAUUUUUCGAUAUUCGUCUCGAAAUUCACGCCCCGGUCAAUGGAUCGGAGGCAUUCAACAACGGUGUUCCCGACGAGGACUUCACCGUGACCAUUACCAAGGAUGGAUCUGGAACAGAGUCCCAGACCCUUACCCAGUUCUUCAGCAAGGAAGAACCCAAGAUUGAAAAGUGGUCUUUCAAGUGGUUUGAGGACUUGUUUGCAGAGGAGGCCCAGACGCCCUCUGUUGUCAACGUCGCCUCCAAGAUCCACCGUCGCGUGGCUCUGUACGAGCCGGGAACAUACCAAGUCGUUCUCUCCUACUACGGAGGAAAGACCACCAAGGCUACCUGGGUCGUUCGGCCUCUUGCUGAGGUCAAGAAGACCAAGAACGUCAUCUUCUUUAUCGGAGAUGGAAUGACCACCAACAUGAUCACUGCUGCCCGUCUGCUUGGGCACAAGUCCAUCAACGGCAAGUACCAGAGCACAAUGCAGCUCGACAAAUUCCCCGUCAUCGGUCACCAAAUGACGCACAGUAUCGACACAUACAUAACCGAUUCUGCCAACUCGGCUUCUGCCCUUUACUCUGGCCACAAGUCGACCGUCAACGCCAUGGGUGUCUAUGUUGACUCCUCGCCCGACUUCUUUGACGACCCCAAGGUCGAGACCAUUGUGGAGAUGUUGAAGCGCGUUUGGGGAUCCGCAUGGGGUGCCGUCUCUACCGCCUUUAUUGCGGACGCCACUCCGAUUGCUCUUACGGCUCACACUAGGCAACGCGGCCAGUAUGGACCCAUCAUCGACCAGGCACUCAAUGGUGUCACCAACUACACCUGGACCAACCACGGUGGCCCAGACGCCUACUUUGGAGGUGGCGCUGACCAGUUUAUCGCUGGCUCGGGUUCGUUCGAGGGCAAAGACUAUUACAACGAGUUUGCCAAGAAGGGGUACACGGUCUCGCUGAACAAGACGGCUCUCGAGGCAAUCCCCAAUGACCAGAAGGCUCUGGGUAUCUUCUGCCGUGGUAACCUCCCCGUCUGGCUCGACCGCAACGUCUUCACCGACUACCUUGGCAAACAGAAGAACGACCCGUCUGGCGCCGACAAGCCCGCCUUGGACCUGCCCGGCCUCAAGGAGAUGACGCUCAAGGCCAUCGACGUGCUCCACACCCGCGGUGGCGAGAAGGGCUUCUUCCUCAUGUCUGAGGCCGCCUCGAUCGACAAGCAGAUGCACUCCCUCGACUACGACCGCGCCCUCGGCGACCUUCUCGAGCUCGACGACACCGUCAAGGCCACAGUCGAGAAGCUGGAGAAGAUGGGCAUCCUCAACGAGACCCUGGUCGUGGUCAGCGCCGAUCACGGGCACGGCUUUGACGUCUUUGGCAGCGCCGACACCAAGUACCUCGAAUCCAAGGACAACGACCGCGAGAAGCGCAACGCCGUCGGCGUCUACGAGCGCUCCGGCCAGUCCAUGUACCAGGUCGAGGUCCCUGGCGUCUCGUACAACACCGGCCCCAACUUCCCCGUCAACUGGGACCCCCGCUACCGCAUCGCCUCGGGAUUCGGCGCCAUGCCUGACCACCGUGAGGCCUACAAGCUCAACACCAGCCCUCGGGCUGCCGCGACCACCACUCUGGGCCGCGCCUCCAACGACCUCUACGCCAACCCGGCCGACCAGCCCGGCGGCUACAUCAUCAACGGCACCCUGCCCCCCAAGGAGGCCCAGGGUGUGCACUCGCUCACCGACGUGCCGGUUUACGCCAUGGGCCCCUGCGCCGAGACUUUCGGUGGUACUUACAACAACAUCGACGUCUUUUACAAGAUUGCGAGCUGCCUGGGUCUGGGCCACUCCAAGGAGAAGCAGAACUGCGCUUCGCGGAAGCACUAA